ACUGACCCCACCUGGGUGCUAUGUCAAGCUGAGCUGUGGGAUGAGCUGCUGUGUAACUGACCUCAUGUGCUGUCAGGCCGAGCUGGAAGGUGUGAUGGUGCAGGCUGAACAGGAGAAAAGGGGAUAUGAGGAAAAGCAGCAGAAAAUGGUGCAGCUCCUGGAUCUGCGCAGCACCCGCAUCCGCCAGCUGGAGGAGCAGCUGAAGGAUGUGGCCUAUGGGACACGUCAGCUCCCACUCCUGUGGACUGAGGGUGAUGUGGAUGUGGAGGAGGGCAAGGCUCCCGUGCUGUGGCGUGGUGAGAACCUGUUUGAGCUGCACAUUGCAGGGGCAGUGCUGUCAGGGGAGGCACUGCAGCUGCUGGGGGAAGUGCAGCCUGUCACCUUCUGCACCUAUGCCUUCUAUGACUUUGAGAAACAGUGCACACCGGUGGUGCCAGGGGCCCGGCCCCGCUACAGCUUCACGUCUCAGUACAUGAUACAGGCUGAGCCCUUCUUCCUGCAGUAUCUGCAGAGGGCUGCCGCCCGCUUAGACCUGCACCUGGCCAUGGCUACUGACCACAGCACUCUGGCUUCCUGUUGGCUGCGCUUCCAGGAGGUUCUGGGGAGCGAGGAGCGCAUGCAUGCCACAGCGAUGCUACAUGGUCCAAGCGGUGAGAACUACGGGCUGCUGGAGUAUUGGAUGAGGCUGCGCCUGCCCAUGGA